AUGACUAGGAGAAGACCAUCAGAUCACUUCAACCCGGCAGUUGUUUCCAGCCGACUGAUUAGCCAGUCGACAUCAAAUGCAUCCAGCCCGGGGUCGCUGGGUAGUGGUCGCCUUUUCGCGCCGUUAGAGCCGCCUUCGGCUCUUCCUGGCUACUUGGGCUCGACGAGCUUCUCUGCAGUUUUGACUGAACACCGCAAUGAGAUUCCGUUCGAGCUCGAGGAGAACACAGACUCAUCUGUGGGGUUGGUAGUGGAACCCGAUCGACUACAAUCUGGAGUCGAUGUACUACGGUUUCUGUACAACUUCAAAGUGCGCCAUGCACUAAUUGAGAAAUUCUAUCUUCGAACAUGCAAUACAGUUGUGCCGAAAUUGGUCAUGGACGAAAUUCUCUGCUCAGUGCGCGUCAUUUUUGAUAAUUUCAAUACCACUGAUCCGACAGUACAGUUACAAGAGCUGGCGACGCAGAUCUUUCAAAACACUGCCCGACCAAUGCGGACGCACAAGUCCAUGACGGCUGAGGAAUAUUGUGCGUCUUUCACUGGGCGCAAUCUCCGCUGGGAGGCCCUCGGAUCGAUUUUCACUCUUUGCGGAAUGCAAGUGGUUAUUACGCCAGACAGAGACCCUGAAAUUACCCAGGGAUCGGAUGAUCCUCGGGCAAAGGACAAAUUACUAGAACAAGUGACAGUGGUUAGUACGAUAUGUCUUGGCUUCUGUGAUCAAGCAUCAUCGGUAAACGAAUUGCUGGCGAUAUUGCAGUUCAAUGAUACUAUGUUGCGAACACAGCAAUAUGGCGAUUCCAGUUAUCAAGCAUGGCGUCGACUGGGCGAUUUAGUAUCCACGAUUUACGCGGCUGGGCUGCACCUGGAGAACGAUGGCGCAGAUAACUGUCCAUUUUUCCUCCGUCAGUGGCGAAGGCGUUGUUUUACUGCAGCCUUCUACAUGGAUAAAUUGGUAGCGACUUUUGUUGGGCGACCGCCACUGAUGAACAGUAAAUUCUGCACGCCCACUGCUCCAUUGGAUGUGAGUGACGCAGAUCUGGUUGCAGGUGGUGAUGUCCUAAACAAAGCUAUCUCAGAGCUGGACAGUGCCGGUUGGAAUACGAAAGGAAUGCAGUACCCGGUGACACCAACUCGUCUACGUUAUCAGUUGGCAAUAAUAAGGGAGGAAACUCUUGAAGUUGUCCUGGGAACUCACGAACAGCACAAUCUGAUCCAGAAGUCCGAGGAUAUCCAAGCAAAAUCUCGCGCCGUAUGGGAAGCUGCUCCGGAUCAUCUUCGAUAUGAUCGGAGGUUGGACGAUCAAUUCCAUGAUGGAUGGAUUACCAUUGCCUAUUUCUAUCUGGAUUACCUCUAUACUUGCUUUUUGCUUUACCGAGCGGUCAGUAAGCACACCAAUACCGGCCAAGCCGACCUAUGCGACAUAUCUCGUCGAGUUCUCGCAAUUGUGAUCCGCGUGAACUCGUUUCGAACGCCAAUGAUGGAUCUAGAUCGGCACUUUUCGUGGAUUGUCUUGACAUACGGUGUUCCCUCUGCGAGCGUUCUUCUUCUCGAACUUUUACGCCAGUCGCAUGAGCCCGGCCCUCAUGCUGUCCUACUCCCACGUGCGGAGUUGAUCCGAAAUCUAAGCGUGUUUGUGUCCUUAUUGUCCUGGGUCUCAUGCCCUGGCCACGGCAAUUAUACCACCUGCAAAGAAGCCGAGAAAAAGCUGUCUCACAUCCUUGACCGACUUCUUGAUCCCCAACCUGUACAGCAGCAUGUGGUAGAUGAUGCCACAUCAGGUCUCGACAACUUCCUGAACUGGUCAAAUUACAACACGAUGUGGGACUUCAAUUCCGAGUACAUGUCUCUGGGUGAGGGAUUUGCACCUUGA